AUGCAUUAUACUAAAAUUGCCAUUAUUAUCGGUAAUUUGGCCGCUGCUCAGCUUACGACUCGUUUCACCGAUACCACAGCCUCUGCUAUCGGGAUUAUUAGUCCUACCAUUGGCACUGGGUUACCUCAUGCUGCUGGCGUCGGAACCCCUGAUGGCUUCAACUUUGCCGGCUGCUUCUCCUCCAAAAAUGGCUUCCCUAGCUUCACUCAGGCAUACACCUCUAAGGAAAAUGAUCCUAACUUAUAUGCCAAGACUUGCUUAGGCAACAAUUUUUUCGGGCUUUUUGGUAAUAAAUGUUACUGCGGUAGCGAGCUUGAUCUUACUACUUCUAUAUCUAUUAGGGCUGAUCUGUGUAAUAUGGCCUGCCCUGGUGAUGCUGAUGUGAGCUGUGGUGGCUUUGUAGAGGGCUCUCGAGUUAUGCAACGACAAGUAGACCUAAACAUUCUCCUGUCUAUCUAUAUCGCUGUCGGUAUGCGCCUUACUGCCACCAACUCUGACUUCGGCACCGAGACUUGA